AUGGAGAAGCACCAGCUGCAGCCGGGGGAGGAGGCCAAAAUACGGGCCAUCUUCUUCUUCAUCGGGCUCCUGCUGAGCCUGCCGUCCCACGUGAUAGUGAACGUAUCCUUCCUCAUAAAUCAUAUCUACAAGGAGGAAAUCUUCGUCACGACAAUGGGCAUCGUAUCUGGAUGCAUGAUUAUCUCCUCCGUGUUUCAGUUAACCUUUGAAAGGACAUCUUUCAAAUCCAUCAUGGUGUUUAAUUCGUUAAACACAGCCAAUAUGCUGGUCCUUCUAGUGGGAAUAUGUUUCUUGAAGUGCUCCAAGAACUACGUAUAUCUGAUCUGUGGCAUAAUUGGAUUGUUUAUUGGUUACCUCUAUUCAGCCUGCACAAAGUACUCUCUCCUCAUGACGAUAAGAGUAAACGGCUAUAUGAUCACAGGCAUCAGCUUCAGUUCUCUUUUCUUUUUUUUAAUAAAUCUAUUGAUGUCCUAUUUCACGAUCGAAGAAGGGAAUAUUAACUCAUACUACAAUGCGAUUUCUUUGUCCAUUGGCACGAUCGUCUUAAUUGAGUUUUUUAUCAUCCUGUUUAUUAUGUAUGUGCAAGUGAGCUCUCCUUUCUUUACUCAAGAGCGCCAGAAAAUUGAGCUCGAGAUGUUUAAGAAAGCUAAUAUGGAUAAGAAUUUGAGCUCCAUUGAAAAGGGGAAGACCAAGAAACAGAACAGUGCUUUGUCUACAUCCGAUUCCAAGGCCAAAAACGGAGGAGUUCCUGUCCUCACCUCGUGCAAACAAAAAUUUGUGACCUUUAAGAGCAUGUUUAACUGCACCAACAUCUGCGACGGAGCUCGUCUCAUUAAGUACUACUACGUCUGCCUCAUCCCCAUAUCUUUCUCCAUUUUCGUCUCCUCCAUUGUGUACCCCCACAUGAUCCCCAACAAGCUCGGAAAAGGCGUCUACGUGAACUAUCUGUUCCUGUUCCUGUACCAACUGAGCGACAUGCUUUUCAGCCUCCUCGUGACGGUUUACCACAACGCCUUCAACUUCCUGAAGCAGAAGUACAUUGUGAUCCUGUGCCUAAGUCGGCUUAUCCUUCUCGGCAUCUCAUUCAAAAUAAAAAAUUUAAAAGACGGAGACUAUAUGCACUCGGACGAGUUCGUGGCGCUGAUCAUAUUUCUCUUGGGUUCUACCAAUGGGUCUCUUAUAAAUAUCAGUUACUCCAGAAUAGGUGAAUGUUUCGAAGAAUCCAACACGAAGGAAAAGAACAUCGCCGUGUCUUCGUCCUUUUGCGCCCUGUCUCUUUUGAUGAGUUUUGCUCUAGCGCCUUGGUUCUGCAAAGCGAUCAUUGAUUUGUGA